AUGGCGUCCCUCUUCAUCAAUGGCAGCAUCCUAACCAGGUCUGAGGCCGGCCUCGCCGACCAGCCGACGUUUGCCGAGAGCAUGUUUGUAAAAGACGGCAUCAUCCAAGCCAUCGGCACAAAAGAGGAGCUGUCAGCCAAGUUCAGCGGCCCUGACGUGGCAGUCCAGGACCUCGCGGGGAGGACCAUCCUCCCAGGCUUCAUCGACGGUCACAUGCACCUGCUGCUGCUAGGCCAGUCUCUGCGCAAGGUCGGACUCGAGCACUGCAAGAACCUCGACGACAUCCUCAACACUUUGCGAGACUAUGCCAAGUCAAACCCGGAUGUGCCAAGGAUCAUGGCCAAGGGGUGGAUGCACUCCAUGACCCCCGACGGCGUCACGGCCAAGCUGCUCGAUGAGAUUGACUCGCGGCCUAUUUACGUCGACACAAAGGACAUGCACUCGACGUGGUGCAACUCGGCGGGUUUGGAAGAGAUGAAGGUGGCCGACAUGGCGGACCCCCCAGGUGGCAUCAUCGAGAGAGACGAGCAGGGUAGGCCAUCAGGAGUCCUGAGUGAAGGCUCAGUGCUAUCCAUCGUAUGGCCUCACCAGGCUUCAGUGGCCACAAAUGAGGACCGCAUCGAGUGCAUGCUCGCAGCUUUUGAAGCCUACAACUCCUCUGGAUACACAGGCCUCAUCGAGAUGGCCAUGGACGAGGCAGCCUGGGAAUCUCUCACCGAGCUCAAGACCCGUCACCCAGAAGUCUCGAUGCGUAUCACGGCCUACUGGAUCAUCAAGCCCGCCGACACAGCAGAGGAACGAGCCCGCCAAGUCGACCGAGCCAUCGAGCUAGCGGCCAAGUACAACAAGGAGAAGUCUCCAGACCUGCGCAUCGCGGGUAUCAAAGUCAUCUGCGACGGCAUCAUCGACGCCUGCACAUCCUUCCUCUCAGAGCCGUACGCCACGGCCCCAUCACCGCCUCCCAUCUGGACCCGUGAGGACCUUGAGCCUGUGGUGAAGAAGGCCGCAGAGGCAGGUCUCCAGAUCGCGCUGCACGCCAUCGGAGACGCAGCCAUCACCAUGGCGGUAGACAUGCUCGAAAAGUACGGCAAGGCUGGUGGCAGACACAGGAUCGAGCAUCUCGAGGUGGCAUCCCCUGAAGACGCAAAGCGUCUCGGCAAGCUGGGCCUCACAGCGUCCAUCCAGCCCGUCCACGCCGACCCGGCCAUCCUCCGCGCCUGGCCUCGUCUCAUCGGAGACCGCUGCAAGCGAGCCUUUGCGUACCGCGAGUUCGCAGACUCUGGAGCUCUCCUAGCCCUGGGCAGCGACAGCCCAACAGCACCUUGGAACCCUCUUCACAACAUCUACGUCGCCACAACCCGUCGAUCGGCGAGGGAGCCUGAGUGCGAGGAGGUAGUCAACGAGAACUUCCGUCUAGGAGUCUGCGAGGCGGUGGUGGCUGGUUCAGCGGGAGCGGCAAAGAGUGUGUUCCAGGAUGAUCGUGUAGGAAGUCUCGAGGUUGGUAAGAUCGCCGACAUUAUCGUGGUGGACAUGCAGUGGGAGGCAACUCAGCUGCUCAAGGCCGAGGUCAAGGAGACUUGGUUCGGAGGAAAGAAGGUCUGGAGUUCGAGAGUAUAG